AUUACAUCCUGAUGUUCGAUCACCAGGUGUAAACGAAUGUCCAGAACUGUACUAGCGAUUGCUUUAGUUUCCAGCACUCUAAAAGAUGCCGGUGCAUCCACAACUUUCACCUGUUUCUCGCUCCAACCUCUUGGUUUGCUCAUAUGCAUCCGGGUUUGUGUUCUUCACCUCGUCGCUAAUUAAUUAUCGCCAGCUGAAAAAUGUCUUCGCGAUAGACCUAUACAAGCUUGUGGUUUCAGAUAUGAAUCGAGUUCCCCAUCUCCUUUGCUUGGAACGACGAGUGGUAAAUGUUUGCAGCGGUUUGCCGGAACAUAAAUUGGAAGCGAACUCAGUGCAGCAGUCCGUAUGACCAUUGGAUGUGCAUUUCUCAAAUGUUAGAUUCCAAGAGCGAUUACCUACAGAUAUAUAUCUCACAUUUUGAGUCCUAAUCAGCUGUGAGUUAAACGAUAUUUUAACAAUAUAAAGGAGAAUGUUAAAACAAUCAGCAUAUUGACAAGUCAUAGUUU